AGCGGCCAUCUUGGAAGCUGAGCGGCGGUAGCAGCAGAGAGGCUGCGGCGGGUGCGGUGGGCUUAGUCCCAGCGCGGGUGCGGCUCACGGCGCGGGCCCCACUCUUCCGUACCCUGCUCUGGCCUCGACCACGGCGAACCUGAACGCGGCAGCGGCCUCAGGGAGAGGUGCUGGGCAAGUUGAGCUCUCUGGCCCACAUGGCUUCUGAAGCUAAGAACUUGGGGACAAUGCUUUCUGGAAGCAUUUCUUGGCCAUGCUGGACUGUAACCUUGUUCCUGGUGUGAGCAUUCUUGGAUGCAUCAGGCAAAAGCCCUUGAUUCUGCCAGAAAGAUGAGCAAUAACAGCAAUAAGAGAGCUCCAACAACAGCAACACAAAGGUUGAAACAGGACUACCUUCGAAUUAAGAAAGACCCAGUGCCUUACAUCUGUGCGGAGCCCCUCCCUUCAAAUAUUCUUGAAUGGCAUUAUGUUGUUCGAGGCCCUGAGAUGACUCCUUACGAAGGUGGCUAUUAUCAUGGAAAACUAAUUUUUCCCAGAGAAUUUCCAUUUAAGCCUCCUAGUAUUUACAUGAUAACCCCCAAUGGAAGAUUUAAGUGCAACACAAGGCUGUGUCUCUCCAUCACAGAUUUCCACCCAGAUACAUGGAAUCCAGCGUGGUCCGUCUCCACCAUUCUAACAGGGCUCCUGAGCUUUAUGGUGGAGAAAGGCCCCACCCUGGGGAGCAUAGAGACAUCGGACUUCACGAAAAAGCAGCUGGCAGCACAGAGUCUAGUGUUUAAUUUAAAAGAUAAAGUCUUUUGUGAAUUAUUUCCUGAAGUUGUAGAGGAAAUUAAACAGAAACAGAAAGCACAAGAUGAACUAAGUAACAGGCCCCAGAAUCUUCCUUUGCCAGACGUGGUUCCUGAUGGGGAGAUGCACCGUGGCCAGAAUGGGAUUCAGCUCCUCAAUGGGCAUGCACCUGCUGCUGGCCCAAACCUUGCUGGGCUCCCACAGGCCAACAGGCAUCAUGGACUCCUGGGCGGCGCUUUGGCGAACUUGUUUGUUAUAGUUGGGUUUGCAGCCUUUGCCUACACGGUCAAGUACGUGCUGAGAAGCAUAGCACAGGAGUGAGGUUCACAAGCCACAACCUACAGUUGCUGCUGAGGGACACAGGGGCCAGAGCUUGAUGCAGGCGUGAUGGACAUGCUGCUGAGCACAGGGUGGCCUGCCGGACUCCUGGGCUUCACUUUUUAAAAACCUUAAAAAGAAAGCAAAAACCAAAAUGUGAUCUGGAGGAGAUUGGAGGUUCUUAACUCCCUCUUGAGGUUGACGUGGACAGUGCCACUCACGCUUUGGUUUUAUUGCUUAUCUCCUGUGUUGUCUUUUGAACCUGUUUAGUAAACCUGUUUUGUUUGUUUUGUUUUGUUUUUCAUUUUAUUAGAUUUGGUCACUUAAAAAUAUAAAACUUUAAUGCCUAU